AUGCCACUACGUCAGGAAAAAAUGUCAGUUCCACCACAAUUCCAAAAAGUUCUUGACGACGUUGAUAAGCAACUUCAUGGUGAAGGACCUGUGAACAAUGUUCUUGCCUCAAUUGAACAGAAGACAGGAGUUAGAAGACUGCAUAUUGUUCUCGGUGUUGCUGCCAUGCAAGCCCUGUACUUAGUCUUCGGUCACUUUGCACAGCUUGUUUGCAACUUUAUGGGGUUCAUCUAUCCAGCUUAUGUGAGUGUAAAGGCAAUCGAAUCAUCAACAAAGGAGGAUGACACACAGUGGCUCACGUACUGGGUUGUGUUUGCUGUUUUAUCUGUUGUUGAGUUCUUCUCUCAACAGAUUGUAGCAGUAUUCCCAGUGUAUUGGUUGUUCAAGUCCCUGUUUCUUCUUUGGCUCUACUUGCCGUCCACUCUUGGAGCUUCCAAGGUCUACCACAAGAUGAUUAAGCCUGUUGUAAUGAAACACCACACUUCAAUCGAUCAGCGCGUUGGGAAUCUCGCAGAUAAGGCAAGAGAUGCUUUGCGAAACGCUGCCCAGGAAGUCAACACUCAUUUGGACUGA